CAUAUUUAAGCAAUAAGAGGUUACAUCUAGUGUAUCUGAGAAGGAAGGGAGAAAAGUCCACUUUUCAAUCAUAAAGGGUUGUUGUCUAACAUAACGAAACUGAAAAAGAAUGGAAGAGAGGUAGGGGUAGAGCCCUAUGGAUCAGUGGUAAAAAUCUGGCACUAUUAAAUACACAGACGUGAACGUUCUAGGAUACAGAGCUGGCGAAAAGCUUAGUGAGGUUGGUUGCAAAGCUUAUCUGAUUAUAUGGCUUUUUUUUAUGUCUCAAUUGGGGUCACGGCUAGCAAAGUCAAAAUGGGAAGAGCAGUGCCACCCUGACCCCACCCUUGACCUCUAUCUCCCUCCGUUAACUACCAUUUUCACGAGCAUCCAAAGAUAUUCUGCAUUUGAACCUUUCGAGGUUUGUCCCUCUCCCUGUAUUCCUUUCGCUCUCUGUCCUGUGUGGUAUGAUAAAAGGGGGGUGUUGGAUUCGUUAAAGUUUUCAAGUUUCAACCUCCAACAAGAACAAAGAGAAGCUAGCUAGCACAGAAGAAUAUGGACAUUCGAGCGAGGAGAUCAAGCAGAGAAACCAGUCCAGACAGGGCCAAAGUGUGUUUGCAGCCCCGAGUCAAACCCUUCAGGAAAGUUCAAGUUGUGUAUUACCUCUCCAGAAAUGGACAGCUUGAGCAUCCCCACUAUAUGGAGGUCACCCACUUGGCCAAUCAGCAGCUUCGUUUGAAAGAUGUGAUGGAACGGCUCACUGUUCUCCGAGGUAAAGGCAUGCCUUCUCUCUAUUCCUGGUCUUGCAAAAGGAGCUACAAGAACGGGUAUGUGUGGAAUGACUUAGCAGAGAACGACAUCAUCUACCCGGCAGAAGGAGCUGAGUACGUACUAAAAGGCUCUGAACUGAUUGAAGGCUGUACAGACAAAUUCCAGCAGCUUCAUGUGAGCAACAGAGUGCAGCACAUUCCGGAACCUAACUUCCACCCUAAACGCAUUCCUCUCCCCCGGCGGAGCCGACACAGAGAGCCAGUAGAAGUGGAGAACAUGAGAGAUGAAGAGCACGAUUACCAGGAAGAAGAAGAGGAGGAAGAUGAAGAGAAGACAAGCUACACCAGCUCCAACACCUCCCGCUCGCGCUGCUCAAGAGGAGUCUCUACCGACGAAAUUGAAGCAACCCAGAAAAACUCCAACCCUACUGAGUUAACGCUAGAGGACGGGUCACCCCCAUCCACAUCCUCUACAGUCUCUGACAAAGCAAACGAGAGCAACUCCAAUUCUAAACGAUUUGAAGACGGCGACCCAGUUGACUCCGUCUUUGCUGAGCCAGUACUAAGUCGCAACUCGGUUCUGCUCCAGCUCAUUGCAUGCGGUAGCAUGGUCUCUGGUAAACCGAAGAAUGGUACGAGUCUGAAGCGAAGCUCAGCAAACAUUCCUGUGAAGAACACCAAUCUCCAUAAAGGGGUUCUCUGCAAAACUGCAGCGAAGGUGGCGGAAGAAGACAUGAUCAAUUACAUUUCAGAGAACCCACGAUUUGGAAACCUUCAAUCGGAAGAGAAGGAGUACUUCAGUGGGAGUAUCGUUGAAUCCAUGACCGAGGACCGAGUUUCCAUCCAGCCAGUGCUCAAGAAAUCAUCUUCGUACAACGAAGAAAGGAGCUCCAAGGCUGGGUUGGGAGAAGCAGUGGAGGAGGUGGAAGAGAAGAAAGAGAAGACAGUGAAAGGGAAAUGCAUUCCCAGAAAGAAAUUUUCUGGUACUUCUUCGAAACAAAGCAAAAAAUGAGAAGGGUGUCCCACUAAAUGGAGCCGUUGGAGCAGUAAUUAGAGGGAUUCUAUCUUAUUAGGAUGUUUAUUUAUAGUUUGACCGUGAUGAUGAUGAUGGGUGUUGUGAUGUGGAAAGUUGGAAAAAAAAAAGUAGGUAAAAUCUUGUGAUGUUGAAAUUGGAAGAAUGGUGUGAUUCUCUUUGUCCUCUGUUUGAGACUUUAGUUACAGAAAUCAUAUGAGGAAUCACUACUAUUUGUCUCUCACUACUUUAAUCAUACAUUUAUGAUCUUCAUUAUUGAACUCAA